AUGGAAAACCCUGUGACCGACGUACCUACUGUUAUCCGGCUUCUGACACAGUCGCCGCCAUCGUUGCAAGAAACCACGCUUGAGCAAUAUUUUACUAGCAAUGCGUCCUUCGUUCAUCCGUUCUGUCGAGUCCCCCAUUUUGAGGGCAGUAGAUGGUGGGUUGUAAAGAUAUUCCAGUGGUACAAGAUCAUGUCACCCCGAAUUGAGCUAGAAAUCCAUUCUAUUGCGUUUGAUGAGAAAAAGCUUAGGCUCUAUGUCAAUAUGUCUCAGAUCUUCUCUAUCUGGCUUGUUCCCUUCCAUGUCGCUCCAGUGACUCUCACCACCGUCUUGGAUCUGACGUACGAUUCGGUCCGCGGUGAUGCUACAACCAAUGGUGACCACAAGCUUUACUACAUCAAUAAGCAAGAAGAUCUGUAUCAAACAUCGGAGUUUAUCAAGUUCCUCAUGCCGCACAUCGGAUAUUGGCUGAUUUUCGGUUGGCAUCUCAUCGCAACCCUUUUCUGUGUCCUGGGUGUGACCUUACUAUGGCCGAUACUAUGGCUGGAAGAGAACCAUUAUAUCCCGGGUCGCUUUUUACGAGGGGGCAAUCUGGCUUACGAUAUGGAAAAGAAGAUCCCAGGUAUCAAAGAGCAAUGA